AAACACGUAGAGACUUCAGGCGUUGCUUUCGACACGAAGCAGUAGAUGGGAGACCAAACCUGCGAGCACAGAAACCUCCAGAAGAAUGCGGAAGGGCUAAAGCACCCCAAAGCGAAGCUGCUAUUCCAGAGCUCAUAAAUUGAACAAACUGUUCUUGCAAACACAAACACCAAAACAAGCAACCACCGCUGCAACCAUCAAUUCAUCAACCAUGAAGUUUUCUGCUCCAGUUCUCGCUGCUGUCGCCUCCAUGUACACCUCCGUCGAAGGCUACAGCUUGUGGGGUCCAACCACGUUCUUUGAGCCGUCGUUCUCUACCUUGGCUCCCAUGAGGAAACGUCAACGGGCCCUGACACGAAGCUUUGACGACAGCUUCAAGCAAUUCGACGAUACCUUCCGUCAACUGUCCCCGCAAUAUGAAAUCGCCAACAACAACGAGCAAUUGCGAAUCUCCAUGGACCUCCCCGGUGUGAAGAUUGAAGAUUGCGACGUGAGCGUCGAAGAUGGUGGCAAGGUCUUGACCAUUCGAGGCCGUCGUCGUGCCCGCACGGAUGAGAGUUCGUUCACAUCCAAAUUCAGCCAAAGCUUUUCUCUCGAUCCCAUGAUUGAUGUGGACAACAUGUCAGCGAAUCUCAUGGACGGAGUGCUUACCGUUACUGCUCCCAAGGACAUGAAGAGGUUGGAGGAGAACAUCAAGAGCAUUCCCAUUUCGCCUUCGGCUCCCCCCAAAUUUGAAGCCCCACAGCUCUCGGCCACAUCGGAAGAACAAGAAGAGGUCGGAGUCGAGGCUCCCGCUGCCGUAGAGGAACACGACGAGGCGAAAGUUGAGACUUCCGCUGCCGUAGAGGAUGGUGACGAGGUCGUGGAUCUCGAUUCUGCGGAAGAAGUUGUCGCCAAGGAUACUUCCGAUGACGGAGAUGACCACAAGGCGGAGAAGGACGCUGACACGGACAAGGAGCUCUAGCUGGCCCGGAAAACCUAGUAGAAACAGAAAGAAUAGCACGAAGAAGGAAGAAGGUAGAAAUAAAAUAGUAGGAUAACAAACU